UGCCCUUUGUGUCGUCACCAGUUGCUGCCUCUGCUCCUGGCCUCUUCAGCCUGCCGUGCUCACCCGCUCGCUCCCCAUCGCACCAGUCAACCCCGCUGCUGAACGACUCUGUCAUGGCGCUUCCGAUCCGACGCCUGCUCUGCCUGGGCGACAGGAGAUUCAUGCGCCUGCGACUCCGAUCGAUCGUCCUCGUCGUCCUUGUCGUCGUCGUUGGCACGACCCUCUUUACCUCGUUCGAUAUCUCUAAGCGAUCCAACCCCCAGCCCCGAGUCUCCACCCCAGGCUUGGUUGUGGCCCGCAACGGUGCUGUUUCAAGCGAAAAUGGAAUCUGCAGCGAGAUCGGCGUCGAGGUCCUCAAAGACGGCGGAUCGGCCGUUGAUGCGGCCGUUGCUACUGGAUUUUGUAUCGGAGUGACCAAUUCAUACUCCUCUGGCAUUGGAGGCGGUGGAUUCAUGGUCGUUCGCCAGCCCAACGGCAACUCGUCGUUCUUGGACUUUCGUGAGCAAGCUCCUGGUGCCGCGACCGAGGAUAUGUUCACCCAAGAUCCAAAACUCGCCCAGGUUGGAGGCCUAGCCGUGGGUGUUCCAGGAGAGCCCAUGGGCUACCAUGAGGCCCACAGACGAUAUGGCAAGCUGCCUUGGAAGCGUCUGGUUCAGCCUGCUGCUGACCUGUGCAUCGAGGGCUGGACCGUCUCCCCGCUGCUUGCCCAGAGGAUUGCGACUGCUGAGCCGUGGCUGCUGAAGGAUCCGGCAUUCUCUGCAGUCUUUGCUCCCAACGGCACUGGUCUCAAGGAAGGGCAGCACAUCAAGCGGGUGACCCUCGGCAAGACGCUACAGAUCAUAGCCGACGAAGGUGUCGACUCAUUCUAUCGUGGCUCGAUUGCCCACAGCCUCGUCAAGACCGUCCAGGGCGCCGGUGGAAUACUGACGCUUGAGGAUCUGGCAAACUACCGUGUGCAUGUCAACGAGACUGUGGUCGGAUACUACCAUGGUCGCAAGGUCAUCACUGGCCCGCCUCCAUCGAGCGGUGCUGUCUUUAUCACCAUCAUGAACAUCCUGGAGGGAUACGAUCUGCGCGGAGAAGGCCUUACCCUACUUAACUACCAUAGGAUCAUCGAGGCGUUCAAAUAUGCGUAUGCUCAACGAGGUUUUUACGGUGAUCCUGCCGAUGCCGUGUUCUCCAAUAUCACGAGUAUCAUGCACAAGUUCAUCGACAAGGACCUGGCGGCAGCCUACCGACACAAUACCUCGGACGACCACACCUUCAACGACAUCCAGCACUACCAGCCUGAAUAUUACAUCAAGGAUAACCACGGAACUAUGCACGUUUCGGUCUUGACGGCCGAUGGUUCGGCUGUCAGCCUGACAUCAACAGUCAAUCUUAUCUUUGGCGCUCGGUUGAUGGACCCCGAAACCGGUAUCAUUCUGAACGACGAGAUGGAUGAUUUUUCCAUUCCCGGUGUCUCGAAUGCGUUCGGCCUCGCUCCGUCGCCGUACAACUUCAUCAAGCCCGGAAAGAGAAUGACUUCGUCUUCGGUCCCAGCCAUCAUUGAGCGUGACGGCGAGGUCGAGCUCGUCGUCGGCGCCUCAGGUGGCAGUAUGAUUCCGACGGCCAGCAUGUGGACUACACUUUGCACGCUUGAGUUUGGCAUGGACCCGCUGGAGGCCCUGCGACUGCCUCGCAUCCAUCACCAGCUGUUUCCAAACCUGGCGUCGCUGGAGUACAGCGUUGACCCAGCAAUCGAAAGAUCACUCAUCAGCCGCGGUCACAACGUUACUCGCUUGGCUCCAUCGGCGUUCACCGGGGUGUCCGUGGUGAAGAAACUAAAGGACGGAACUAUCCAAGCGGCGGCCGAUCCACGCAAAGGAGGGCUGGCGGCAGGCUAUUAGAUCCCUUGGUUUCCCAAACAAAGUCGUGGUGACCCGCUCGAUGGUACAGGGGACAAACGAAUACGAUUCGCAUGGACGAGGAAGCCAACGGCUCAGAUGCAGGGGUGGCUUGGUAC